AAUUUUAACAUUUAAAAUCCCUAACUAAUUUCUUCUCCCAUAUUCUGGAUUCCUCAAUCGAACUCUCUCUCUCUCUCUCUGGAUUCCUCAAUUGAAACAAUGAAAUCUCCUCUGUCUUCGUCUUCAUCUUCUUCCUCCCUCUGUUAUCAGAAAGCCUCGCCAUCUCUCUCCUUACCUCUUCUCCUUACUAGCUUUCAUUGUCUUCGUCUCCAUCCUCUACGGCGAGGGCGUUGCCUGCGUCUUCAACCAGCAGAUUCAAUUCAGUUCCGACUCAACCCGAUCCUUUACAGGAACUCCGGGCGUUGGGUUUAUGACGAGUCUCGACCGCUUUACGAAGAGUCGGAUUGUCCUUAUAUACAACCUCAGUUGACCCGCCUUGAACACGGUCGACCGGAGACGAAUUAUCAACACCGGAGAUGGCAACCUAACGGCUGUGAUCUACCCAAACUCAGUCUCGAUUUUUAUUCUCGAGUUCUCGGCAUGUCAUUUAGGUUAAUUUCACUAUAUCUGCCACAUCCAGAACUUUCCUCUUCGUGGAUUUUUUCUCGUUAGGCAUUUUCCUCUUCAAUCCAUCUACCGUUGAGCUUGAUCUGACCAGAGCACAAGUAGUGCUAUUAUCCACUGCAUUUUCUGUUUCAUUUCCUUGGUCAUUUCCUUAAUGAGCUCAACCUUUUCUUCUGGAGCUUCCGUUUCAUCAUCUAGAGAUUCUAUUUGAGGCAUAGCAUUAUCUUUAGAUCUAUUAGCAUGUUCUGCCACUGCUUUUGUAGGUGCUUCAUUGUUGACAAUAGGAGAAGAUAGUUGAGUCAUCUUCAUCUCUUUAUUUAUUGAUUUUUGGGUUAUGGAAUUCAUUUCUCUAUUUUUAUCGUAAUUUCAACAUAGUUACAUAGUUAGUUUGCUGGAACAUAGUUAGUUCAUUAAUUGAAAAGAAAAAUUAAACCUGUUCAUUUAUUUAUUUUCUUACAGUCAGUUGAUAUCAAGCCUCAUUUUGCUAGAAAUAAUCUUAUAGUUUUCUGAAGCAUUUCAAUACAGCAAACUUAAUGUAUUUGACAUUGACCAUGAUGAUGCUUCUCUUAUUUACACUUAGUACCUUAUUAGACUUUUAAAAUUCAUGAAAUUCAGUUACUACACAAACAAAUAAAUAAAUGUUUUUGUUGUUGGGUCUCUAACUAAACUUUCAUGUCUUGCUUUUCGGAGGUUGGAUUACUGGUUGGGCCUGGCUUGGGGGCAGGGGUUGGAUUACUGGUUGGGCCUGGCUUGGGGGCAGGGGUGGAAAGUCCAAGUAGUAGUUCUGAUUAAGAAAUUGUGGUUCAGGUUCAGCAACUCCAGCAGUUUCCUCCUCAACUGGUUGAGGAAAAAUAUCCUCCUGAUGAGGAAUAACAGUUUCCUCUUCUUGUAGUUUAGCCGAACUGUCCUGAUGAGGAAUUGGAAUUGGAGGUUCAGAAGAUGAAGAAUUGCCUUCAGCAACAGAUCCCAGUGGUGGGAAUUCGGGAGUGUCGUUUACAUUAAGCGGAGAAAACUGUGGUUCAGACGGAGAAUUUCCCUCAGUAACUCCAUUGCCUUCAGAUAAGGAAUUGUUCUCAGCAACAGAUCUCUCUUGUGGUUGGUUGUUGUGAUGGAGAUGAUGAUGAUCAUGAUUAGGAUUGUGAUCAUGAUGAUGAAGAGAAAUGGUGGAGAAAAAACUACCACUUGCUUGUCUCGUAACAGUGCUUGGAAAACCAGGAGAAUUGGGAGGAGAAUUCGUGAAAAGAUUGUAUUCUUUAAAAUCAUCUCCAUUCCCCUUUUUAGUAUUCAAGCUCUCAUCAUUGUCUUCCAUGUUUCGUCUGUUCUCCGUAUUAAGUAUGUUAUUAGUUUCAUACUAAUUAAUGAUAAAGUUUAACUAAUUAAUUAUUCAA